ACGAGCGGCUGGCUGACUUCGCUCCCCCUUUCUUGAGAAAAGGUGCACAAAAAAAGAUAGGCUUCCAUUAUCACCUUACCUAAUAAGUAUUUUUGCUUGCUGAAAUAAAGCCAUUAUCCCCCAUCUAAUUUCUCCACUAAGGCGUGAGCCUGGACCACUUUUGCCUUUUCCCUUUUCCCACUUCCUUUUUCCUUCCCCUUGGCAAACCAAUGGGUCUCAUAGACAAGAUUCGAACACAGUACGACCUGUUGAAGGUAGAGAAGUACACCAAGCGACGACGAUCAGAGACCGUCUUUGAAGAGCGCGAUCGUGAUUUCUAUCGUGAACAUUAUCGGGACGGAGUCUAUCUUCACCGUUCGCCGUCGGAUGUGGACACACUGGAUGGUGCUACUCCUCGACCAGCCAUGGUCAAAAGAGCAUCGACAAUCUCUAGCAUGGUGAUGAAGGCUGGCCGAAAGAAUUCACCAACAAUCAAGAGCUCAGAGACUUACAAUAAUGGUACCUAUGGUAGUGAUCUUCGCUAAAAGAGUUUUUCCUGUUGACAAACCCCCCUCCAUAGUUAAAUGCCUAUCUAUUGUUAUAUUACACAUAUUUUGUCCUUUGUGGACCUGUUCCUCUUCUGAUGAUAAAUACGAUGUUUUCCCUCAUAGU